GCGGGUGGGCUCGGGCCGCCUGAAACCCCCUCCACGGAGCUUUAGCCCGUGGGGGCUCCGCUCUCCCCGCAGCCCGGUGCGGGGGCCGCCGCCCCUGCCCCGCGGGAGGCCCGGCGGGCCCGGCCGCUCCCCCUCGGCCGCUCGGUCCUCUCUAUGGUGCAGGCCGGCGUCGCUCGGCGACGCGCCCUCUGUCGCUCUGUCGCCCGGCGGGCGGGAUGUGGCGGCUGCUGCUGGGCCGCGGCCUGGGCCGCUGCUGGCCGCCCCCCGCCCGCCCCGCCUGCGCCGCCGAGCCGCCCGACGGCCGCGGCCCCAGCCCCGAGCGAGCGCCCGCUUGUCAGGAUGGACGGCCCCGGGGUGGCCGGGAGCGAGGAGGAAGGCAGCAGCCCUUGCCCGGCCUGGUGCCCCGUUACUCCGUGCUGGAGGCAGUCACCUGGGGAGCGCUCGGUGCGCUGCUUCUGCAGGUGGUCAGACAGAUCUCAUGGCUGAGAUCGCUGCCGGACGCCAGGAGAGAGCACAGGUCUCUCUGGCUUUCUUCGUUGCCCUCUCAGCAGACAGUGGUGACUGAAGCCUCAACCAGCUGCCCUGGUGUGCAGCUGGGGUCCCACUUCCUGCAGAAAGCAAGUCCGGAGGUGGUACCAGAGAAUUCAUCCUCAGGCACCCCCUCGGGGCAAGGAGAGAGCCAGCCCUGGACAGCAGUAGGGGAGUUCCAGAUCCCUGAGAGCUCCAACUUGGGGCCAGUUCUCCACAGCGCAAAGGGUGACCCAGCUCAGCGAGAGCAUUUAGAGGAAGCUGCUUUCCAGUUGCAGCAGAUUUUCCGGAUUGACAUUUCCAUCGCAUUGAAUAUCCUCGGGAUUGAAAGUAUGAGAGCGGGCCAUUACAGGAUAGCCUAUACCUGCUUCAAACUGGCAGCAGAUCGAGGCUACAGCAAAGCCCAGUUCAAUGUGGGUCUGUGUUACGAGCAUGGCAGAGGCACGGAAAAAGACUUGGAAAAGGCAGCUUUUUAUUACUACCACGCAGCCAGCAGCUGUCACCCCAUGGCACAGUACCGCUACGCUAGAUACCUCUUACACCAUAGACCUGAAAAGGAAUGGGACAGGCAUCAGAAGGCAGUGACUUUCCUGGAGCAAGCAGCAAUGGCCGGGGUUACAGAGGCACAGGCUUAUCUUGGAGUGCUCUACAUGAGGGAGCUGCAACCUAAGGAAAAGAGAGGUCUGAAGUACCUGCUGCUGGCAGCAAGGAACGGCGACGCCCAAAGCAGGUAUCACGUGGGCGUUUGCUAUGAGAAGGGCCUUGGAGUGCAGCAGAACCUGGCAGAAGCGAUGAGACACUACCGACAGUCAGCUGCUGCGGGGAACAGGAACGCUCGGGAGAGACUGCGGGUGUUAGAAGAGGAGGUGGAAGAUGUGCGAACAAGGCAUCCGUUCUCUUCCGGAAUAAGAGCCUCUUCCUCUAGCCCCUGUUUCUGGGCUAUUGAGCAUGUGCCUGCAGGCCUCCAUGCCACCCAGGCAAGACAAUCUGCUCUCACCCUGCCCCACUCUUGGAGCGCAGACGGACUCCACAUGAUGGUGCUCAGCAGUGCAGGAUGGAGCCGUGCCCUUGGAAACAGCGCAGCGACACUAGAACCGCAGUGCUUGGAGCCCCACCACUGCUGUUACUAGAGCAGUCGCCGCCAAGCUGCCUACAGAACAGGAGCACCGUCUUCCAGUCCAAGGCUCUUCCCAUGUGCCGACAGCUGCCGCAGAAGCCCUGAGCCUGUUUCAUUGUGGACUUGGACUUUCUGGGACAAAAUCAUUUCAAAGAGGGUGCUCAUUUCUGAAAGGAAAGUGCUGGCCAGUCUUGUCCCAGCGGCAUUCGAGUCAGCCCCAGCACCUUUGCCGAAGGUCUCAAAGGUCCUUGGUUGCUCCUGCCUUGCAGCGUCCUCAUCCUGAGGUGAAUGCGGAGAGUCAGGGGAGAAGACGUUGUCCUUGUAACUACUAGUGAGCGGCAAGGAGAGCCGAGCCACCCAUGCUGGGUCAGCAGCCGUCAGCCUCUUGAGGGCCAGCUCUGGAGGGAGUGAAAACAAGAACUGUUGGUGAGAUGUGGAGUAGAGGAGACCACAGGAGAGAAGAGGGAAAAGAAAGAAAAAAAAAAAAUACUGAGAAAUUAGGAGACUUCCUGAAAUCAGCUGUGAGAGGACUGAUUGUAAACAGGUCUAGAGAUAAGGUACCAGCAGCAUCAUUCAAACUAGCAGCUUAAAAAAAAAAACAAACAAACUAGAACUGGUUUAAAAAUACUGGCUUUUUUUUUUUUUUUUAAUAUGAUAACCAUUAGGAUCACUUUGCUUUCUCAUUUGUUGCAGCCUCAAGUGGCACUUCACUAAAUUGUUUGCAAAGCCAGAGAAAAGUGAGGGUUUAGGACUGGCUGAAGGGGAGAUAACAAUGGAAAGCUUUCAAGGGGCAAGUAUCAGACAGAAAGGUCUCUAGAGGACUUCCCUUAAGGGUCACUCUAGGGUGGGAAUUUGCUGCUAAGCGGGCAUAUUGAGACCGAAAAGAAAUGGGUUAUUGUGAAAACAAUAAUAACAGAAGUAGAAUGAAAUGCUGGAUUAUAAAAUGCACAGCUGGAUGGUUGAAGGGUAGUAACAAAAAAUUGAGCUAUAAAGUAGUUGUUCAUCAACUGGAAACAGAUGAGGAGCAGUGGGAGCCUGGUGUGGGUGUUGGCUGCAGGCUCAUUAGUGUUCCAGUAAUGUGAUUCUGCCCUGAAAUGGGUAAAUGAAAUCAUACAAUGUGUUGGUCAAGGUAUUCCCAGUUGGCAUGAAGACAUAUCUGUGGUAUUAUUACUAGGUCUGGCGAGACCUGAUUAGGAGUGUUACAUACAAAUCUGAUUAUCCAGCUGUAGGAAAGAGUAUCUGAAGUGACAGAAGUGCAGAGAAAACUAUUGAGAUGAAAACAGGAGUGAGACCAGGCUUACACGAUGGAGACCUCAAGAGACAGGGGUUGCUUAGCCUAAGGAGGCAAAUGCUCACCAGGGAUCUGACUGCAACCUGUCAUUAUUUUGAUGAGAUAAGCACUGACAAAGGAAAUCUUUAUGCUUAAAAUAGUGUUGGCAAAAGAAGAAGUGAUUAUAACUGUCCAUGAAUAAACAUAUACUGGAAAUUAAAGGAAGGACCCCAUCGCAGGGUGAGCCUGGAAUAGCUUCCUCAUCAGAUGGCAGGAAACAGCAGUUCUUGUUUUUUAAGGUAGAGCUUUGCAGUUGGUAAACAAGACUCCGUGAUGUGGUGCACAGACGCUGCCUUCCAGCCCCUCAUUGCUUCAUUUCCAAAGCGUAACCUAGAACCACUGGAGGUUCAAAGUGACCACCGGGUUUGUGAAACACUUUUGAGUCAGGGAGCAGCAAAACAAAUAACUGGUGUCUGGUAACAAAACACAACAGUCCCAAGCAAAGGGCAAGAGCUGAUGUCAUUAUAAUAAUUACGUGGCUCUGACUUACAAAGUGACCUCUGAAAGGAGGGUCCCCAUUCUAAUGCACUUAUGCUGCUUCCAGAAGAUAAUCAAUACCCUGCCACAGCCUGGGACACAUGGCCCUCAGUCAGUGGCGGGUCAGUCACUCAGACAAGUCUCCUUCCUCAGCCAACUAUGUAAUUAGUCCUUUUUCUCUGAAAAACAACUGUGUCCUGGGGUGGGAUGGGGGUGAGGGCUGGGAUUCAAACCUGGUAAGGAGAGAAGGGCAGAUACAUCACUUAGAUUUUGUUUCAGCGGAAGCCUCAAAAUUCUUUUGUGUUGCUUAACUUCAGGAUUUCUUUCUGCAGUCUCAAUAUUUUCUUUCACUCGCAGUGACUGUUACUUAAGAGAUCUCCCAAGCAUGCUGAAAUCGCGGGUUUUUGCUCUAAAGCAUCCACAGUUCUCUCCUCCUCAGUCUGCAAGAAACCACUGCAUUCCCUGAAUAUUUUGAUGCUUCAGUGGUGGAGCACGGCACAACAGUAGUUUGCUCGCUACAGGGAACGCCAAGACUCAGUGGGCUGAUGGUCCUGUGACCAUGAAACCUUAUAAUUAGGUAUGUUUAAUUCGACCGAUAACUCUUUACUGCCUUAUUUUAAUAGUGUUUCGGGAGCAGGGGUUGUUUUUAUAAUCAAUAAAGUUAUAUCUCUCA